GUUUGUAUAUGUGCUGCCAACUCACCGUAACUAGAGCACAGUUGGUCUGUUAGGUUUCUGAAUAAAAAAUUAUAUAGGCAUGUUUUUACGACUAAUUUUAGUUUUUUUCUUCAUACACCUUGUGAGAGGUGUUAUGUUCCAUAUUAAGCCUAAUUUUCAAAAGUGUCUUAAGGAGGACAUCCAGGCAAACCAAUUGGUUAAAGGGGAAUAUGAAGUAUCUAGUGUACCCGGACAAAUAAUUGAUUACAUCGCUAGAGACACCAAGGGGCACAUUUUGUCAAAGGGAGAACAUAUAACGAAAGGAAAGUUUACAUUUAUGUCGGAGGUGUACGAUACAUAUGAGAUUUGCUUUAUAUCAAAAGUUCCGCCACAUCAAAGGGGCAUUGAACAGGAAGUCAGCCUUACUACCAAAAAGGGUGCGGAGACUAGGAAUUAUGAAGGCAUUCAAGAAGCAGCAAAGCUUAAACCGAUGGAAGUAGAGCUUAAGCGUCUAGAAGAUUUAUCAGACUCGAUUGUACGAGAUUUUGCUUUAAUGCGCAAAAGGGAGGAGGAAAUGAGAGACACAAACGAGAAAACAAAUAGCCGGGUACUAUUUUUCAGUAUCUUUAGUAUGUGCUGCUUACUGGGUCUAGCUACAUGGCAGGUUUUAUAUUUACGCAGAUAUUUUAAAGCUAAAAAGCUUAUCGAAUAAUUAAAAUGGAAAUUAUGCUUUCUUUGCGUAUUUUUAUUUAGAUGAAAUGUUAUUUUCUUCCACGAUUAUCUGAAUAACUUAUUUCUAAUAAAAGAAAUCCUAACUUUUA